GCUCCGAACGCAAGAUAGCAUGGCGUCUCAACUGUAGUCUACACAUGUCCCAACUGUACUCAGUCUACCCUAUAUCUAUUUUUUUAAUGUACUCUUUCCAGACUUUGCAUGCAUACGAACACGAUUUUCACAAGAUCACGACUACAAUAUGAAACCCGAGUGUAUGUCGGCUUUGCUUUGCGAGUAAGAUCUUGACUUGUGAGUAGUAUACGCGCUCCUGAAAACCGGGCAAGCACUUUUACUAUUCUAACACAUUUUCUAGUUUGGUUAACUUAAUCGGGAAUAUGUUGGGGAUCUUGUCUGAUUAAUGACAAUGGUCAGGCAAUUCAUAGGCCUAUUUCUAAAUUUCCUUCCCCGCUGAUGCCAUAUACAUCUUGUCCUUGGUGAGUCUGUUAAGCGGCGUGUCUUUUCUAAAGAGGAAGUAGACUUAGUUGUUUAUAACCUGUGAAAAUGCGGCUGGACUCCGUCGAGUUAGGAUUGUGACCAGACAGCGCAUCUUUGACACCAGUCUGUUACAGGAUGGCAGUGGUGACGGGCGGCGUGUUUGCGCACCUGUUCUCUCUCCUUGCUUCAGGCAGCUUCGUGUGGGGUGUGUUACAGCUGAUCGGCCUGGCUCUAGUACUCAUCAUCUUCGUUAAAAUUGUCCUGGUGUCAAGGAGACGCAGCGGACUGCGCUGUUUUGCUCUGCCCCCAAUGCGCAACUGGCUUCUCGGUCACCUGGGCAUUAUGAAGAGUUCAGAAGAGGGUUUGCGGGAAGUGGAUGAGCUAGUGAGGACCUACCAGCACUCCUGCGCCUGGUUCCUGGGCCCUUUCUACAACCUGGUGCGCGUCUUCCACCCUGACUACAUCAAACCCCUGCUACUGGCCUCUGCUUCCAUAACUAUCAAGGAUGAAUUAUUCUAUGGGCUUAUGAGACCAUGGCUUGGACAAGGCCUACUCCUGAGUAACGGUGAGCGUUGGUCACGCCACAGACGGCUUCUAACUCCAGCGUUUCACUUUGACAUCCUGAAGAACUAUGUUAUCAUCUUCAACCAGUCUACUAACAUUAUGCACGCAAAAUGGCGCCGCCUUGUGACUAAAGGAGAGAACUGCCUGGAGAUGUUCGAGCAGAUCAGUCUCAUGACUCUGGACAGCUUGCUGAAAUGUACCUUCAGUUAUGACAGCCACUGUCAGGAAAAGCCCAGUGAGUAUAUCUCAGCCAUCUACGAGCUGAGCGAGCUGGUGGUGAAGAGGCAGCGCUACCCGCCGCACCACUGGGACUGGCUCUACUGGCGCUCCUCUGAGGGCAAGCGCUUCAGGAAAGCCUGCGAUGUGGUGCACAGCUACACUGCCAGCGUCGUCCAGCUGCGCCGCUCGGAGCUGGAACAGCAGGGGGCGCCAGAGAUCCAGGCCAAUGAAAACGCAGGCAGGAAGAAAGUCACUGACUUCAUCGAUGUGCUGCUUCUUUCCAGGGAUGAUGAUGGCAAUGGUCUGUCAGAUGAUGAGAUAAAAGCGGAGGCCGACACCUUCAUGUUUGAAGGCCAUGACACCACAGCCAGUGGGAUCUCCUGGGUUUUGUACAAUCUGGCCUCUCACCCUGAGUACCAGGAACGCUGCCGUGAGGAGAUCAACACCUUAUUGAAGGACCGGGAUGAAGACGACAUCCUGUGGGAUGACCUGACCAACAUGCCUUUCACCACCAUGUGCAUCAAGGAGAGCCUGCGCCUCCACCCCCCGGUGCCAGCCCUGUCCCGCAAGUACUCAGUGGACAAGACUGUGCCAGGGGAGUGCACCAUCCCCACGGGCAACAUAUGUCUGGUGAGCAUUUAUGGGACCCAUCACAACCCAGUGGUGUGGCCCGAUCCAGAGGUGUACAACCCGAUGCGCUUUGAUCCAGACAAUUCUAAAGGCCGUUCACCUUACGCAUUCAUCCCUUUCUCGGCUGGUCCAAGGAACUGCAUAGGGCAGAAUUUUGCCAUGGCAGAGAUGCGCGUUGUGGUGGCGUUGACCCUGCGCAGGUUCCGAGUGAGCCUGGGGGGGCCACCAGUGCGGCGCGUCUACAAACUCAUCAUGAGGGCGGAGGGGGGGCUGCACCUGCUGCUGGAGCCACUGGACCCUCAGUCCACUUUAUGCCAGAGUCCCCCGCCAUCACCCUGACCCCAGUGUGUGGCACAGUAUUUUUGCUGAACCUGGGAAAACACAUUGACUUUCUGCUCUGUUUUUUCUGUCUUCCUGCUGAAUUAGUGUCUCCGACUAGUGUCGGACUCUAAACAUUUGCUCAUAGUACUUGCACUUGUACAUUCUACUUUAAUGUAUAUUUAUGCACAUUACAUGCACAUUCCUCUUCUCUAUCUCAUUCAUCAGGUAAAUACUUAGACUGUGAAGACAUUUUUUUUAUUAUUUUAUAACUUUUGUACUGUGAGUUUAAAAAUGUUUCACCAAUAAACCAAUGACAUCCUGAAUCUUA